GAGUCGCGUAUAUAGGACAAAGCCCCAAUCCACAUAACUUUUCUUUAUCCUCUAAAGCCCCUUGAAUCGGCGAUCGGAAUAUCCAAAUGAUUCCUUCGCCGGUGAAGUCAUUAUUUUUUUGGCAGAAGUCUAUUUUCAAACAGUAGAAUAAAUUACAUUAUUUCAAUUGAAUAGUACAACUUAUUUUUAAUAAUAUCACUACAAAUAAAAAUUGAUGAGAAGAAGAAAAAACUCUCAAAUUCACCCUCGCCUCCAUUUUUGAAUUUUCAUUUCAAUCAUUCAGUCUUCAAUCCAAAUUCUUCUCUAAGCUCACAAACUUUAUUCGAGAUUCUGAAUUUCAAAGUUUGGAUACUGAUGGAACCACCGGAGAACGACAUCGUAGCAUUCGAGUCAGCUGAGAAGAUAAUCCUCCGGUGGGAUUCCACGGCAUCGGAAGAUGCUCGAGAGAAGAUGAUAUUCGCCGGCGAUCGCCACGAGAUCGAUCGUUACCUGCAAGCUGUCGAUGAAAUCCAACGGUCAAUGGAAUUCGCUACACUUUCCGACGACCAGAACAAAGCUAAUAGUGCGAUCCAGAUCGCCAUGGCUCGGCUUGAAGAUGAGUUUCGCAACAUACUCAUUGCUCACACAACUCCGAUGGAAGCUGAAUCUCUUACUGACACCAGUAACGAAGACUACCACGACAACAACAGUGAGGUUGACUCGCCGUUGACCAAGGAGUUGGAGCAUCAAGAGAGUAACAGCAGCGGCAGCUAUCGAUCUACAAAUAGCAUCCGCGAAAUCGAUCUCAUGCCGUCCGAUGCAAUUUACGAUCUUCGAUGCAUCGCCGAGCGAAUGAUUUCCGCCGGGUAUCUCCGGGAGUGUAUUCAGGUGUAUGGCAGUGUACGCAAGUCUGCAGUGGACUCAAGUUUCCGGAAACUCGGAAUAGAGAAGCUGAGCAUCGGAGAUAUCCAGAGAUUAGAAUGGGAAACUCUAGAAACUAAGAUCCGACGGUGGAUACGAGCUGCAAAAGUAUGCGUUCGGAUACUUUUUGCUAGCGAAAAGAAGCUCUGUGAGCAAAUCUUCGAAGGUUUAGGCACUGCAACGGACGAUGCUUGUUUCACAGAGACAAUCAAAGGUCCAGCUAUUCAGCUCUUCAAUUUUGCGGAAGCCAUUAGUAUUAGUCGGCGAUCACCGGAGAAAUUGUUUAAGAUAUUGGAUCUUCAUGAUGCUUUAUCGGAUUUACUGCUUGAUAUUGAGAUUGUUUUCGAUUCAAAAUCUUCGGAGUCAAUUAGAGUUCAGGCUGUAGAGAUAUUAUCUAGGUUAGCGGAGGCUGCGAGAGGGAUAUUAUCGGAAUUCGAAAAUGCAGUGCUUCGAGAACCUUCUAAGGUUCCUGUACCUGGAGGGACAAUUCAUCCCUUGACUAGGUACGUCAUGAAUUACAUAAGUUUAAUCUCGGACUACAAACAGACUAUGCUUGAAUUGAUUGUCUCUAAGCCUUCAACAGGUUCAAGGUAUUCUAGUGAUCCUAACACCCCUGAUAUGGAUUUUGGUGAGCUAGAAUCACAGACCCCUUUGGCGCUUCAUUUGAUAUGGAUUACUGUGAUUUUGCAAUUUAAUCUUGAAGGUAAGUCUAAGUUCUAUAAAGAUACUUCUUUGGCACAUUUAUUUGUGAUGAACAAUGUACAUUAUAUUGUUGAGAAGAUUAAAGGCUCACCUGAGUUAAGGGAGAUGAUAGGGGAUGAUUAUUUAAAGAAAUUAACGGGGAAAUUCAGGCAAGCAGCUAUUAACUACCAGAGAUCAACCUGGGUUAGAGUUUUGUAUUGUUUGCGAGAUGAGGGUUUACAUGUUAAAGGCAGUUUUUCAUCUGGGGUGUCUAAGAGUGCGUUGAGAGAGCGGUUUAAGGCAUUCAAUGCUAUGUUUGAAGAGGUUCAUAGGACUCAGUCUACAUGGUUGAUACCGGAUACUCAGCUCCGGGAGGAGCUGCGUAUUUCUAUAUCCGAGAAGUUGAUCCCAGCUUAUAGAUCAUUUCUCGGAAGAUUCAGGAGUCAUAUUGAGAGCGGAAGGCAUCCGGAAAACUACAUCAAGUAUUCUGGUGAAGACAUUGAGACUGCUGUCUUGGAUUUCUUUGAGGGGUAUCAAGUUUCACAACACAUAAGACGAAGAUCUCAGUGAAAGGAUAUAAGUUUCACUAAUUAAAAUUUUAGGACAUUCUUUGAAUUUUUUUGUGGAGUCAUUUAGGAGCUGAGGUUCUGGUAUUCUGGUUUUUAUGGAGUUUGUGUAUUGUCCCACGGUAUUCCUGUAUGAUGUGCUGCGCGCAGCAGAAAAUUUUCGGAAGAUUAGCUGUAUCUAUGAUAGCUUGGCCUCUGCCUGAAUGCUCCUGCCCUGUCACCCUCUUAAGCCCAUGCCAUUUUAUCAGGUGCUUAAUUAGUUUGAACAUUGAAGGCAGCAUACUUAAGGACAUUAUCCCUAACAAAUGAAGUCUUU